AUGGCGGUCACCAUUUUGGCGGUGUUUCUGAUCGGACUUUUGAGAGCAGACGCCCAGUACUGCCCAGCUCCUGGCUAUUUGGUGAAUGGGAACAGUCCCAUUCCGGACAGCUAUCUCACGUGCUCCUCCGAGUGGAGUCCGGGCGCUAAACCUUACGACACUCACGGCCCAGAAAGAGCAAGCCAACCCACAUUUCCAGAGGGGAAUCUGCAGGGAGCAAGGGUUGUCUUCAGACAGACCACACACGAUAGUUUCAGGCUUGACUAUAAGGCUGAAAUUAUAAACGGGAUGUACCUCAGGGGUGCGUGGAGUGCACAAACAAACGAUGCGAAUCAAUGGAUUCAGAUAUUCCCUGGAAACACUGAUCAAGACUCGCACAAGACAAAUCAGCUUCCUACCCCAGUGUUCGCUCGAUGCGUGCGCAUCCAAGCUGUUUCAUGGCAGCAGCACGUGUCAAUACGAUUUGACGUCCUUGGAUGUCAGUGUGGACAGCAAUGUCCAGUGAACGGUGGAUACAGUACGUGGAGUAGCUGGGGCGCUUGUUCAGUCACGUGCGCUUCCGGUGAAAAUUUAAGAACUAGGUCAUGCAACAACCCAUCUCCGGUAUACGGCGGAUCAGACUGCAGUUCUUUGGGGUCCAGUACGGAAACACAGCCAUGCAAUACUGGGAUCACCUGCCCCAUAAACGGCGGCUACACCGCGUGGAGUUCGUGGGGCACGUGCUCAGUCACGUGUGCGAGCGGCACGUGGACCCGGUCAAGAUCCUGCACGAACCCCGCACCCCAGCACAAGGGCGCAGACUGCACCUCCCUUGGAGCGGCUACUGAAACAACGAGUUGUAAUACCGGAAUUAUGUGUCCAAUAAACGGUGGUUACAACGCUUGGAGCUCUUGGGGCACAUGCUCUGUCACGUGCGCGAGCGGCACGUGGACCCGGUCUAGAUCCUGCACGAACCCCGCACCCCAGCACAACGGCGCAGACUGCACCUCCCUUGGAGCGGCUACUGAAACAACGACGUGUAAUACCGGAAUUAUGUGUCCCAUAAACGGCGGCUACACCACGUGGAGCUCUUGGGGCACGUGCUCAGUCACAUGCGCGAGUGGCACGUGGACCCGGUCUAGAUCCUGCACGAACCCAGCACCCCAGUACAAUGGCGCAGACUGCACCUCCCUUGGAGCGGCUACUGAAACAUCGACUUGUGAUUCAGGAAUUAUGUGUCCGAGUAAGAAUCCCCAACUGUUAUAUGUCAUGUUUGAUGCUGAUAUGUCUUGCAAAUAUCUUCUAAUAAACGGUGGCUACACCGCGUGGAGCGCUUGGGGCACGUGCUCAGUCACGUGUGCGAGCGGCACGUGGACCCGGUCUAGAUCCUGCACGAAUCCCGCACCCCAGCACAAAGGCGCAGACUGCACCUCCCUUGGAGCGGCUACUGAAGCAACGGCUUGUAAUACCGGAAUUAUGUGUCCAAUAAACGGCGGCUACACCUCGUGGAGCUCAUGGGGCACGUGUUCAGUCACGUGCGCAAGCGGCAUAUGGACCCGGUCAAGAUCCUGCUCGAACCCCGCACCCCAGCACAAGGGCGCAGACUGCACCUCCCUUGGAGCGGCUACUGAAACAUCGAGUUGUAAUACCGGAAUUAUGUGUCCUAUAAACGGCGGCUACACCUCGUGGAGCGCUUGGGGCAUGUGCUCUGUCACGUGCGAGGACGGCACGAAAAUCCGAUCAAGAUCCUGUACAAAUCCAGCACCUCAGCACAAUGGCGCAAACUGUAACUCCCUUGGAGCGGCGUCUGAAACAUCGAGUUGUAAUGCCGGAAUUAUGUGCCCCAUCGACGGUGGCUACACUUCCUGGACAAUGUGGUCAGCGUGCUCAGUCACGUGCGAAAAAGGAUCAAUGUCAAGGUCAAGGACGUGCUCUAACCCCACACCGCUGCACAAUGGGGCAAAUUGCGACAAGUUUGGGGCGAACAACGAAGAAGAAGCUUGCGACGCGGGAAUCAUGUGUCCAAUCGAUGGAGGAUACGCUGACUGGUCUGGCUGGUCUAAAUGUUCAGCUGAGUGUGGGUCUGGCUUCAUCAACCGCACAAGAACCUGUACCAACCCGGAGCCGCAGUACGACGGCGCUUCCUGUGCCGUUAUUGGUUCACCUGACGAUUCCGAAGUUUGCGAUACUGGUGUACCGUGCAAAGUGGACGGAACAUGGGGAAAAUGGCAGGCCUGGUCCGUUUGCUCUAAAACCUGUGGGGGCGGAAAAUCCCAGAGGGUUCGAUACUGCGACAACCCGGCUCCUAAAGGCGGUGGUGCCCCUUGCUUUGGCAGUGCGAUGGAGACAAAGACGUGUAGCAGCGAGAAGUGUCCAAUUGACCCGAAUGCAAACGCUUACUCUGUACAGAAGUGUCCUAACGGCUUCUUCGCCUGCAAGACGGGCUCGAUCACGUGCAUUGAGGACCUGUUCGUUUGCGACUGCGCGGAGGACUGUGCUGACGGAAGUGACGAAAGCAAGACAUGGGCCCAGUGUCCAACAACCUGCAAGAGCAACGCGAAAGCUCUGAAGGCCACCAUUGGGACAUUGGCCGUCAUGAUGGCGAUCAUCAACUUGCUGCAUAUUUGAUAAUAAAACAAACUUACCAGCACAGGUGUCCUUAAUUAGAGUAUUAAAUUGUAACAAUGAAAUGAAUCGAUACAGUGUAUUUUACUAGAAAUACUUUAGUCUGUAUUUUAACAGCGGUUGAUACUAUCCAGUUUAAUGUUAAUUAGUUUCAAGUAUAAUUUUGUUAGGUAAUUAGUAUUAAGUAUUAUUGGAUUGAUCUGACAUUUAUAAAACUAUUUUUGUAUUUUAGAUGUAUUCUAUCCGUUUUUGAUUGUCGUUAUAUAUUAUUUAUCUGCACAUUUAAUGUUCGUGUGUAAAGCACUUAAAUCACGUGAUGUUUAAAAAAUAUAGACUCGCAAAAAAGAUUGUUACUGCUUGUAAAAACAAAUUUUUUUCACAUUGAUAUACUUUUUUGUACAU